AUGAGGAAGAUGAUAUUGUUGGUGUUUGCAACAAAAGAUGUGCAUACUGCAGAUGGUGUAACGUCUUGGAUGAGUGAGACAUUAAAAGCUCAAGGUAAGUGGCCAAAUAAGUCGGAAGAAACUGAACGAAGUACCGGAAGACCUAGUAAUCAGAUUCCAAAACUAUCAAUAUUUUACGGUGAGUCUGGAAAAGGAGAGGUAAGUUAUGACCUGUGGAAAUAUGAAGCUGACUGUUUGAUAUCUGAGCAUGUGUACCCCGAUCACAUCAUUUUACUGGCUAUUCGACGUUCAUUAAAGGGGGAAGCUGGUAAGGUUAUUAUGCGUCUUGGAACAAAAGCGACCAUUAAAGAAAUAUUAGCUAAACUAAAAAGCGUGUUCGGUAUUUGUGAAGAAUCAGAAUCAUUGAUUGCUCAUUUCUAUAGUGCUCGACAGAAAGAGGCUGAAUCUGUCACUUCUUGGGCAUGUAGAGUCGAAAAUUUGUUCGCCGAAGCAACUGAAAGAUUAUCUUCGCAUAAAUACGAUCAACCUACAACUUUCGAUGAACUAAGAGUUGAGGUAAGACGUAUCGAGUUCGAUUUGAAUAGUCGAAAAUCAACUACUGAUGUAAAACCUAAACAGUCUAAUAUGGUUAGUUUUGGUCGUUCAUAUAACUCAGAGUUACAGGAACUUCAGAGCAUAGUGAAGACGUUGUCUACUGAAAUGGGGGAAUUGAAGGAGACUGUAUCUCAGUUUGUUCAACCUGUCCAAUCAUCUUCCGGUAGCACAUCUCGAAAGGACGGAAAUAGAAGGUUUGGAACGUCUACGAAUUUUCGUAAUAGUUAUCACACAGGACCAGUGUGUUGGAGAUGUGGUAAACCUGGGCAUUUACAGAUGAAUUGUAGGUCACCAACACAGCAUAGCAAUUGGUCGGAAAACGAUCAAAGCCUCGGGUCACGGGAAGCGUCACGGGGUUGGAGAAAUCGAGACUUCCCUCGUCGUGCGACACUUAAAGGUUUCGUAGACAAGAAGUUGUAUUGUCCAAAAACUACAGUAAUGGCUCAUCCUUGUAAUGGUGCUGUAGAUUCGGUUUUAGAUAUUUCACCAACCAUUAUGUUAUUUGAUUAUGACAAAUCUGAUAUUAUCCCUAUUCAUAUUUCUAAUGUAUCUACCAGAACUGUCGUCAUUUUACCUAAAGCUAUUAUGUCUACUUUACCAAUACCCAAACCAAGGAAAAUCAAGUCAGUUAUUGUUCCUGAAGCUGUAGUAGAAAGUGGAAGUUCCGAUGAAGAAGUAUUUAUAGAUUAUCCUUACCGUUUAGAAGAGAUGGUUACACAGUCUGAUUCUAGCCAGGAGGCUAAUUCGCCAAGAGGGGGUGAGAAGAGAUCUAUGAGCGAUGAUAUCGUAGAUGAAUCUAAGGCUGAAGAUGGAUCGUGUAGUUCUACAAUAAUAUUUUUGGGGGAUCCCGGAUAUUGUAUGAACCAGAACAUGAGAACAUCGAUGGAAGUCAAACGCAGAUAA